AAAAGUGAGGAAGAUCUAGAAAGCCUAAGUACAAAAUGAAAGAAAAGAAACUUUACAUUCAAAUUUGUAAAAUAAUGAAAAGCAAACACCACUGCAUAAAAGUACCAAUUAUCGUUCCCAUUUCAGUUCUCGGAUACUAGAGUUAAACCCACUAGAAAUUAGAACUGUGAGAUUGGCAUAAUAUGGUACCAGAGAGAGAGUCGAAGCUUUUUUAAGGGCCAGGCGUUACGACAAAGUUUUGAUUUAAAUCUCUUUCAAUUUGAAAUAACAACUAUUUCUUCCGAGUUUUCAACGUUGGCUUGAAGGAGUCCAUAAAAUGUCUCUGUCUCGGUCGUUCCGUUUCAUUACUCGUUAUAUUGCAUCAUGGGACAAGAUAUCCAGGAAGCCGUAUCACGCAUAGUUGCUUAUUUUACUUUACAGCACGCAGUAAACACCGCAACCUCCAUCAGGAGACAUCAAGCAUAACAAAUAUUGCGCGACCGUUAAAUCAUAGCUUAGCAUUCCCAAUUCGAUAUUUUUACAACCUUCAGCUGCCCAUUUCGACAUUGUAUUCAUAUGAUCUUGUAUGGAGAAACAAGCUGUCGAUCGAUUUAUCUUUCAGUAUCACGACCCACAUCGAGUCCAACGCCAAGUCUUGUUCCGCCCUUCAAUACAACGAAAUCCACGGCACUGCCAUCAUUUACAGUGAAACCAACUUCUUCAGGUUUUACACCAGUAAUGUCAUCUUCAGUCGUGUCAACAGUGACUAUUCCUCCUCAUGUACAAAGGAUACUUGUUAGUCUACUUGGAUCUCUCACCCGAAUCAUACAGAGGCUUCAAGCACUCCUCGGAGGGUCACUUUCUCCUGCAGAUCUCGAUAACUUUCAAAGUGAGUAAACACUUAUUGCUCGAGUUAUGCAUCCCACUUUGAAAA